UCCAGUCCAGCAGACAGAGAGCAGAGUCUCCUUCACCCCUGUCUGUGAAGAGCUAUGAGUCCAAGUCUCCUCUGGUGAACUUCAGAGAACAUCCAGAACCAUGUGACCCAGAGUUCCAGUCCAGCAGAUGGAGAGCUGAGUCUCCUUCACCCUGUCUGUCUGUGAAGAGUUAUGAGUCCAAGUCUCCUCUGGUGAACUUCAGACGUGAUCCUGAUCCAUCAGUGGCACAAGGGAGGAAGAGGAAUCCUGUUACACUAGAGCACGAUGUCUUCAAGGACCCAGUCUCCACCAGCUGUGGACAGUGCAGCACUUCAUACUGGGACCACCUUGGCUCAUCAGGAGACUCCUCCUUUCACCAGUUUGGGAAGAGAGCCCGGAUGAAACCUGGACAUCAAAUCAGCGUGGGGGCCAGCGGUCAGCAAAUGAGGGGUGGUCUUCAGGAGGUUCUAGAUGAACACAGGAUCAGUCUGAGGGAGAGAUGUGAACAUGUGACUGAAGGAACUGAUGAAGCAGGAAGUAGAACCCUCCUGAACAGGAUCUACACUGAGCUCUACAUCACAGAGGGACAGAGUGAAGAGGUGAACAGCCAACAUGAGGUCAGACAGCUGGAGACUGCUUCUAAGAAGACGACCUUCCAUGAGACUCCAGUCAGGUGUCAGGACAUCUUUAAAGCCUUACCUGGCCAACAGAAACCCAUCAGAGUGGUUCUGACCAGCGGUGUGGCUGGUGUUGGAAAAACCUUUUCUGUGCAGAAGUUCACUCUGGACUGGGCAGAGGGCUCAGAAAACCAGGACAUCAGUCUGCUGGUUCUGCUUUCAUUCAGGGAGCUGAACUUGAUCAGAGAUGAGCGCUACAGUCUUCUGGAGCUGCUCCGUGUUUUCCAUCCAACAUUCCAGAAGGUCAGAGCAGAGACGCUGGCUGUCUGUAAACUUUUGUUCAUCUUUGACGGCCUGGAUGAAAGCAGACUGUCGUUAGAUUUCAGCAUCAGGGAGGCUGUGUCUGACGUGUCAGAGAAGUCCUCGUUAAACGUGCUGCUGACAAACCUCAUCAAGGGGAAUCUGCUUCCCUCAGCUCUCAUCUGGAUAACGUCUCGACCUGCAGCAGCCAAUCAGAUCCCUGCUGCAUGUGUGGACAGGCUAACAGAGGUCCGAGGCUUCACUGACGCCCAGAAGGAGGAGUACUUCAGGAGGAGGUUCAGUGAUGAAGAUCUGUCCAGCAGAAUCAUCUCCCACAUCAAGACAUCCAGGAGCCUCCACAUCAUGUGUCUGAUCCCAGUCUUCUGCUGGAUCACUGCUACAGUUCUGGAGCACAUGAUGAGCACGGAGCAGAGAGGAGAGCUGCCCAAGACCCUGACAGACAUGUACUCACACUUCCUGUUGGUUCAGACCAAGAGGAAGAAGAAGAAGUAUGAUGAGGGACCUCAGAUGAGUCCUGAGGAACUCACCAGAUCUGACAGGGAGGUUCUUCUGAAGCUGGGGAGGCUGGCGUUUGAACAUCUGGAGAACGGAAACAUCAUGUUCUACCAAGAAGACCUGGAGCGCUGUGGUCUGGAUGUCACAGAGGCCUCGGUGUACUCAGGAGUUUGUACUGAGAUCUUUAAAAGAGGGAGUGUGAUCUUCCAGAAAUCAGUCUACUGCUUUGUUCAUCUGAGUGUUCAGGAGUUUCUGGCUGCAGUCUAUGGGCUUCACUGUUUCACAGACUGGAACACAAAAGAACUGGUGGCAUUUCUUGAAGAAAAUUAUGUAGAUUCGACUGUAGAUACCUUCUUAAAAGAAGCAAUGAUGAAGUCGUUGAAAAGCAAAAAUGGUCACCUGGACCUGUUUGUUCGCUUCCUUCACGGCCUCUCUCUGGAGUCCAACCAGAGACUGUUAGGAGGUCUGCUGGGUCGGACAGACAACAGUCCAGAAACGAUCCAAAAAGUCAUCAACAACCUGAAGAAAAUGAAUGCUGAAGAUAAUUCUCCUGACAGAAGCAUCAACAUCUUUCACUGUCUGAUGGAGAUGAAUGACCUCUCAGUACAUCAGGACAUCCAAGACUUCCUGAAGUCAGGCAGCAGAUCAAAGAAGAAACUCUCUGAGAUCCACUGCUCUGCUCUGGCCUUCAUGCUGCAGAUGUCAGAGGAGGUUUUAGAUGAGUUAGACCUGCAGAAGUACAACACAACACAGGAGGGCCGACUGAGACUGGUUCCAGCCGUGAGAAACUGCAGGACGGCUAAGUUUUCUGGCUGCGGACUCUCAAAGACUCACUGUGAAGUUGUGUCUUCAGCCCUGAAGUCCAACCCCUCCCAUCUUAGAGAGCUGGACCUGAGCAAAAACAAUCUACAGGAUUCAGGAGUGACCUUCUUGUGUGCUGGACUGGAGAGUCCAAACUGUAGGCUGGAAACUCUGAGUUUGACUCGCUGCAGGAUGUCAGAGGUCAGCUGUUCUUCUUUGGCCUCAGCGCUGAAGUCCAACCCUUCCAACCUGAGAGUGCUGGAUCUGCGUGGAAACAGCCUGCAGGAUUCAGGAGUGGGGGAACUGUGUGGUUUUCUGGCUGACUCACAUUGUAGACUGGAAACUCUGAGAUUGACAGCCUGCAGUUUGUCGGGGAUCAGCUGUUCUUCUCUGGCCUCGGCUCUAACAUCCAACCCCUCACAUCUGAGAGAGCUGGAGCUGAGCGAUAACAACCUGCAGGAUUCAGGAGUGGAAAGGCUUUCUCAUUUUCUUUCCAGUCCAAACUGUAAACUGGAAAAUCUGAGAUUGAGGGACUCUACUUUGUCAGAGGUCAGCUGUUCUUCUCUGGCCUCAGUCCUGAAGAGCGACCCCUCCCAUCUGAGAGAGCUGGAGCUGAGCUUCAACAAUCUUCAGGAUUCAGGAGUGAAGUUCUUGUGUACUGGUCUGGAGAGUCCACACUGUACAUUGGACACCUUGAGGCUGAGUCGCUGCAGUCUGUCAGAGAUCAGCUGUUCUUCUUUGGCCUCAGCUCUGAAGUCCAACCCCUCCCAUCUGAGAGAGCUGGACCUGAGCUACAACAGUCUAAAGGAUUCAGGAGUGAAGUUUCUGUGUGCUUUUCUGGAGAGUCCACCCUGCAGGCUGCAGACUCUGAGAUUGUGGGGCUGCAGUCUGUCAGAGAUCAGCUGUUCUUCUCUGGCCUCAGCUCUGAAGGUCAACCCCUCCCAUCUGAGAGAGCUGGAGCUGUGGGAGAACAACAUCAAGGGAUCAGACCUGAAGUUGCUGUUUGAUCUGGUGGAGAGUCCUCACUUCAGACUGAAGACUCUGAGCUGGAAAUGAUCCCUGUCUGUCUGAGGAGAGGACCAGUCCAAGUUCAGCUGUGGAGCAGACUGUUUUUGAGUGAGCUCAGAGGAAGUCUGCCCCCUGCUGGCUGUGUUAGUAGGGUGGCCGUCUCUGCAGCACACAGUGAAGCAAGAAUAACCACAACAAAGGCGCUCUAGUGUAUUCCCCACCACUAUUCAAUCUAGUCCAUGAUCCUGACCGUAUGAUACCGUGAUUCUGAUACUCUACUCACUGAAGGACAAAUAGACCCAGGACCGUCCCUGGCCAAAGGCCCUAAGCAGACUCUGAUUUGAGGCCCCCCACUAUUGUCCAGACAUCCUCACUGAACAAUACUCAGAAGUAUCUUAAAAUCACUGACGGAUCUAUUACUACAAUAAUGAGAAAUAGAAAGGCUUUACAAUUUAGUUAGUCACAUAUAAAAGACACAGUUCUUAGUAAAACGAUCAUUGAUUUUAAUGAUCAUAUUCCUUGUUGCAGUAAUAUUUAUAAUUGUCAUCCCUCUAAAAAGGUGGUCACUAUGGGUUAAUUAUUUUCAUCAUAACAUUAAUCCAGCUUUGGCCCCCUUACACCCCCUCACACAUAUGGACAUAUGGCCACCCUAAGGGCUAGUGAGGCUAACAGCAGGAUAGCAUCCUCUAUGGUGAUGGACAUGUGUCCACAUUCACAGAUAAACCACAGGAGCUAUGUGAGCAGUUAGCCUGGUAACAGGAAUAACGCUAGCCUCCAUCUGUGCUGCAGCAGGGUGGUCUGACUGUAAAUAUACUUUCAAUAUACUAGAAAUAAUCCCUAUCAGACCUUGUUCAUGUGUGAAUCUGAUGUUCAUACUGGUUUUCAGGAUGUUUUUAUUUAACCAGAGACAGAGGAAUAAUGCUGCGUUCCAUCUGUCAUCGUAACUCCAAGUCGUAUUUACGACUCGUCACCUCGACCUCAGCCUCACAACAUGGUGGUACAAAGUGUUACAUUUAGUAAAAACUCUGAUUUUGACCUGUUGUCACAACCUUUUGUGUUUCAUUCCACGUAGCGAGCUCUUGUAGUUUUCUAUUUCCAUUUUAAGUAGCUGUAUCUUUGUUAACUUUUGAGUCCAUUUACUGUACACGUAGCAUAAAAAGCUUUUGACAGUUUCCAUUUCCAUUGUCAGAAUGAAAAAUUACAUCCUUUUCUUUUAACUUUGGAGCUGGUUUGUACAUUAUAGAGUUGCUCUACAUCCAACAAAAAAUGAGCCACUAUGGAGACACUCAUUUUUCCCAGCUCGUCUCCCAAACAACUGGGAGAUCUGUUUUUGCUGACAAAUGUGACGUCAUUCCCAGUUCUGACUAAGAACACAGACAGGACUUUAAAUACUCUCAGAGAUCUGGGUUUUUAUAAAACAUUCUCAUGUUUUCUGAACUAAACAUUUUGACAGACUGUUUCUCCUGCUGUAUUUUUAUCAGUAAAGACUGGUGAUUAAACUGCUGAUGUUGAUGAA